GCCAGGGGCCGCGCCGGGCUCCUCCGCCGCAGCCUCUUCCGAGAACGCGGCCGUCCCAGGCCCGGCCUCCGCCACUGCCCCCACCGGGGCCCAGCGCACUGCCUCGCACGGUGGCAGCGACUCCUCUUCCUCUUCGUCCUCGUCCUUCGCCUCUGGACCGACGGCUGCCACCACCUUUACCGGCUCAGCAGACGCUUCGACAGCCGCCAUCUUCCCGGAAACACCGCCGCACGUCAGCCGCGCCCCCUCGCUGCCAUGGCAACGGCGCGCUGUCCGGGAAACCCGAAGGGGCGGGUGGGCGGGGCUACACGUCAGAUGGUUCGCGGUCACCAGAGGCGGGCCUUCCCAAAUAAAAUCGGGCCAAUAAUUUUUUAUUGAGCGCCUAUUGUGAAUCAGACACUGGAUGCACUAAGCGUUGGGGAAACGGAUGAAUGAAGCCGGGACAAGACCUUCGGUGUGCGUCUAGUGUGGCCCUUGUCCUGGCUCCCCGCGGGUGGGUCGUCUGUUCCUAAUCUGUACGUUUCUGGAGACCCUGAGAUAUGAAGGGCUGCCGGGAUUAUGCUCUUCCCCUGUUUCUCCGGAGUGCAGAUCCCUUGGCCGAAGGGCCACGUUCCCCCUUCUUCUAAAGCCUUCCCCACCAUAUAAGGAGAGGCAGCUGCUGGGGGCGUCCCCAGGAUCUAAAGAUAGCAGUCCCUGCCUCAGGACUCCAAAUGCCACCGGGUAGCGGGAGCCGCCAUGGCAAGUCUCCCCUCUCCCACCCCUAUGAAGCCCCACCGCAACUCCUCUGCAGGCAGCAUGCCCGGACGCUGUGGUACGACCGGCCCAAGUAUGUGUUCAUGGAGUUUUGUGUUGAGGACAGCACCGACGUCCAUGUGCUCAUUGAAGACCACCGUAUUGUGUUCAGCUGCAAGAAUGCCGAUGGAGUGGAGUUGUACAACGAGAUUGAAUUCUAUGCCAAGGUGAACUCCAAGGACUCCCAGGAUAAGCGCUCUGGUCGCUCCAUUACUUGCUUUGUGAGGAAAUGGAAGGAGAAGGUGGCCUGGCCCCGACUCACCAAAGAAGAUAUCAAGCCGGUGUGGUUAUCUGUGGACUUUGAUAACUGGAGGGACUGGGAAGGGGAUGAAGAAGUGGAGCUGGCUCAGGUGGAACAUUACGCAGAGCUUUUGAAGAAGGUUAGCACCAAGAGACCUCCCCCUGGCAUGGAUGACCUGGAUGAUGAUUCUGACAGCGCUGACGCAACAAGUAAUUAACUUCUGUGACAGCAGAGCUGGGGAAGAAGUUGGGGCAUCAUCCAGUAGCUCCAAAAAGCUAGGGCCAGGGUCUUUGCCAGCUCUUCAGCUGUGGGGAUCUGGGAUCUCUGAACUUUCCUAGAAGCUCUUUCUUUUUUAAAAAGUUUAUUUGAGAGAGAGUGUGUGUACACACACAUGUGAGCAGGGGGAGGAGCAGAGGAAGAGGAAAAGAGAAUCCUAAAGCAGGCUCCCUGCUGAGCGUGAAGCCUGACAUGGGCUCAGUCUCAGGACCCUGCUGAGAUCAUGAUCAAGAGUCAAUUGCUUAACCCACUAAGCCAACCAGGUAUCCCUUUUUUGAAGCUCUUUUUAAGGAUCCUCUUCAUAUUUUUUUUCUUCUUCCUAGGCACCUGAGGAAGAAGGUGCCUAGAUGCAUCAGAUGGCAGGAUAGGAGAGGAAUAGACUGUUUGGGCUCCUUCCUUUCUCCCAUUUGGCUGUAAUCCUUGUGUUUAGGCCACUCAUCAGGGCUCUCUUGAGUAUUUGAGCAUGUGUGUGUACGUGGUAGAGCAAAAGCCAAAGAAGCAGCAGGUAGAUUAUAAUAAAUCUGUAAGAACUGUU